GUAAGCUAUUUCCAUGCGACCUUCUCUCUUCAUUCGAGGUUCGACCCAGUUAUACAUGUACCCAUUUGCCUUCAGGUGGACACCAGCCUCUAAGCAGCCCACAUGCCGCAGCUUCUUCGCUCACAGGUGGACACCAGCCUCUAAGCAGCCCACAUGCCGCAGCUUCUUCACUCACAGGUGGACACCAGCCUCUAAGCAGCCCACAUGCCGCAGCUUCUUCGCUCACAGGUGGACACCAGCCUCUAAGCAGCCCACAUGCCGCAGCUUCUUCGCUCACAGGUGGACACCAGCCUCUAAGCAGCCCACAUGGCGCAGCUUCUUCGCUCACAGUGGGGGCCAGCAGGAGGGGGCCAAUUAUGGUCAAUAA